CAGUUUGACCAUCUUAACACGUUUUCUAAAUAACAUUUACUGACCUUUUGUUUUUUCUAACAAUUAUGUUGUAAAUAUGGUGAACAAAAUUGUCCUUUCCUCACAAGGUCCAUAAAUCCGAGAUCUUGAGUGUGAAUGUAUGAACAGAUUUGUAAUUUUAGCAUGGAUAAAGGUGUAUUUGAGAUUGCAAAAAGAAGGGAAGGGUUCAACAUGUACAUUCUGUGAAGCUAUUCUACGUGAGAGUGGCUUUCGAACUGGAUUGUUUACAUCUCCUCAUUUAAUUGAUGUCCGAGAAAGAUUUCGUUUAGAUGGGUUGGAGAUAUCAGAAAAAAAGUUUCUGCAAUAUUUUUGGAAUUGCUGGAAUAUAUUGAAGGAAAAUAUUACAGAUGCUCUACCAAUGCCUCCACUGUUUCAGUUCCUUACUGUUUUAGCAUUCAAAAUAUUUGUAUGCGAACAGGUGGAUGUUGCGAUUAUUGAAGUUGGACUUGGAGGAACCAGAGAUUCAACAAAUGUGAUUAAACAACCUGUUGUCUGUGGGAUUACUUCUCUGGGGAUGGAUCACUUAGAGACAUUGGGAAAUACCCUGGGUCAGAUUGCUUUACACAAGGCUGGAAUUUUUAAGCCUCAAAUUCCUGCAUUCACUGUUCCCCAACUUUCUGAAGCAAUGGAGGUUCUUCAGGAGAGGGCUCAUGAACUGAUGGCUCCUUUAAACGUAGCUGCACCUCUUGACUGUAAAAAUUUGAAAGGACUAAAACUUAGCUUGUCUGGUGAUCAUCAGCUCAUUAACGCUGGUCUUGCUGUUUCACUUUGCAAAUGUUGGCUUCAGAGAACAGGAAACUGGGAAAAGAUAUUCCACAAUCAGGACAGUCAGAAAUCUGAUAUUCCAGAAGCAUUUCGUAGAGGUCUUUCAACUGCAUAUCUUUCUGGGAGGGCUGAAAUUGUUUAUGAUACGUUUUCAAAAUACUAUAAUUCAUCAGCAAUGGAGGAGAAUUCCUCUGGAAAUCUCAUUUUUUAUUUGGAUGGAGCUCAUAGUCCUGAGAGCAUGGAGGCCUGUGCCAGAUGGUUUUCUAGUGUUGCAAAAGGAAAUGGGAAGGUGUCACCUUCAUCGUUAUCUUCUUUGAGAAAUUUUGGGAAUGGUUGUGCUAGACAUAAAAAGGACAAGGUUGAGCAGUCUAAUGUAAUUUCAAAGCAGAUUCUCUUGUUCAACUGCAUGGAGGUGAGAGACCCUGAAGUUUUGCUUACUCAUCUUGUUAAUGCUUGCACUUCCUCAGGCACACAUUUCUCCAAAGCACUUUUCGUUCCAAACAUGUCAAAGUAUAAUAAGGUUACUUCUGGUACUUCAAUUACUGCUUCAGAUGGCACUAGCAGCGACUUUUCAUGGCAGUUUAGCCUCCAAAGGAUUUGGGAAAAGGUUAUCCAUGGGACAGAUCCUGUAGUUGUCAAAAGCACCAUGAUGAACUGCACAGUGAGCUUACCACCACUUGAGUUCCUUUAUGAGGAUGCAUUUCAUUGCAGUACUGCAGAUCAACGUUUAGCUUGCAGUGCUGUGAUGCCUUCAUUGCCACAGACAAUAAAAUGGUUGAGGGAUUGUGUUAAAGAAAAACCUUCUGUCAGAGUUCAGGUUCUUGUGACUGGUUCACUGCAUCUGGUUGGUGAUGUGCUGAAGCUUUUGAGGAGAUGAUUUAACUUAAAGAGGCUAUGGAUCAUAGGGGGCUUCCACAAAAGUUCUUUCACAUGAUUGCCUUAAUCGAAUUUUAGUUUCUAACCGAAUGGAAGAAGAUACACAGAUGCCUAUGCUUACAAACACAUAUAACCGAGUGAGAUUCAGAGUUGAUUUUGAUCACACAGCUGCGACACCUGUGAUUUACUUUGCCAGGUGAUACUUGGGUUACUAAUAAUGCUUCCUAUUCCUGUAAGCUUAUUGUGUGAUUUAUUUUGUUUGUUACAAAAAUACCUAGUGUUGUAUAACUAAUCCAUUGUUUACAAAAAAAGAAAACCUUUAUUUUUUGUAUUUAUAGAUUCAAGGGCUAUCAUAAUUCAAUUGUGUCUGAUGCUUUCUUAGUAACCAGAAUGUAUAGAAUUCAAGACAUUCCAAGGAAAAAUGGUGUAUCCCUUCUAUAACAUUGUGCACAAGUAGGGAAC